GCAGACUACGCCUCAAAAGUUAGCUCCUCAUGAACUUGCCACCGAGAAAUACCCGCGCUUGAUCCUUCUCUGCUCUCACGACUCCCUCUUUCUACUACACGUGCUGGGAAAUCAGUGCCUCCAGUGCUACCUUUGCAUCUACGUCUGCCCAUUGCGGAUCGAACAACUGCCCAAAGCCCGGGAUAUCGGACGUCUGACAAUCCCUUCGAAUCAAUACGUUCCGAAUCGCCGGUCCUUCUCUCCUCAUUAUAGCUUUACGUCGCGCUUGUGCCAUCCGCAACGUUAUUACCACCUUUGCGUUUCCCCAGAUCCCCAUCCCACGCUUUCUGGAGCCCGAACAAUACAUGGUUAUCGGGCUACAAAGUCGUUUAGCGACCAUGGAAUCUAAUCCAAAUGCCCAGGCCAACACAGGAUCGAAUCCCCUCUCACAAUGGCUGGGCGGUCGCUACAUCAUAGUCUUGAAGGAUCCCGCCGGCGAACGCAUCGAGGGAACCUUGCGAGGCCUGGUCCCUGAACAGUACAUGACAUUAGGACGAGCUGUAUUAUUACGCACGAACCAGACUGUCGAGCAACUAAAUAUCGACGCGACCAAUGUGGCCGAUAUUAUUGCUGUCCAGGCUCCGGCGGUGCAACCACCCUUCCAAGACCCGGCCAUUCUCAGCCUGGGCGCAAGAACGAACAUGGCGCUUCCAGACGAUCCACAUCACGCGCAAGCCAACAUCCGCGAAAAGCGAGAUCCACCCGUCAUCCCCAAUCCUGCCGACCGCAUGACGUACACCUCCCCCGACGAGCUGACCGACGCGCCCAACCCUGAUGCUCCCGAGGGCUCCAUGUCGCAAUUGAGCCUCUCUCCAUCUAACACGGCGAAGCUCGAUUCCACCCCGCGAGGGGACUUCUUACUGACUCCUACUGCCUCCAAUGCCUCCAAUGCCCCCUCGGGCUCUAAGAAAGACCGACGUCGAGGUGCGCGUGGCCGGGGAGGCCGUAAGAAUAAGAAGCUCGCGAGCGACUCCGUCGAAGAUGCGACACAGGAUGAGACGAACCCCGCCACGGGCUGGAGACAGACUCCCAUACUACAAUCUACCGAGUCUUUCCAACCCUUCACUUCUCUCAAGAAAAGCCAGAAAGGCCGGCUCGGCCUAAAACCCGAAAGCGGCUGGGCAUCGGAAGAUGUCACGGACGUGCAAGAAGCCGGCGACUUCGACUUCGAGAGCAGCCUUGCUAAAUUCGACAAGCGCAAGAUAUUCGACGAGAUGAAAGAGCAGGACGAGAUCGACGAGUCGCAACGUCUGGUCUCUCACAACCGCAUCCCCCGCCCGAAGCCCGGAACGGCGGGCGGCAAGAACUUGCACUACACCGAGAACGUAUUAGACCUGCCGUCGUCUACCGCCAAGCCGAAGGAGCCCAGCGGCGACUUCUGGAAGAGCGAGGCCGACGACGAGAACGGCGACGCAGCUGAGCGCCUCAGCGGCAGCGGCCGGAAUUCGCGCCUGCGAGGAGAAUCCAGGUUGUCGAUGAGCCGACGCUCUCAGUCGCGUAAGGCGAGCACAAGUGCAGGUGCGGGCGGCCAGGGCCGAAUUCACGGAGCGCCCGCGUCCUCUUCCAAAUCUAGUGGCGGGCUGUACGCUUUACUGUCGAAUCGCCGAGUCGAAACGGUCACCCAUUUGCAAAUGCUUGUAGUGGAAAAUGUCGCGCACAAUGACUUCGGCUUCACCGAGGAUCUUAUGGCCGAAAACGCGGGCCGCAGCAUUUCCGAAGUCGCAAUGCGUGCGCUCGACGAUCCUGCUGUCAGGCUUCGUGCGGCCGCCAGUUCGCCCCCUAGCACGUCCAUGAUCGUCAUCUUAGCUGGGAAUAAUAAGUCGGGGGCACGCGCGCUGGCCGCCGCCCGCCAUCUUCGCAACCAUGGUGUCAAUGUUAUCGUCUGCGUGGUCGGGAUCGAGCGCGAGCAGAGCCUGCUCGAGGACGUGCGAAAGCAGAUCCGGCUCCUACGUAGCUUCGGCGGCACCAUCUUGGACAAGUCGGAGCUGUUCGAGCACGUCAGCCAAGCUGCUACCCUCAAGAGCUCGCCCUACGUCGCGCUCAUCAUAGACGCCCUGCUCGGGUUGACGAUCUCGUUUGAGGAGCUGCGCAAAUCGGACCAGGCGACCACGUACGAGCUCAUGGAAUGGUCAAACAGGAACGAAGCAUUCGUCAUAGCGAUCGACGUCCCGAGCGGCAUCGAGCCUUCGAGCGGCAAGGUGAACGUCAUCGACGGUGCGAAGCUCUACGUGCACCCUCGCUUCGUGGUAGCGCUUGGCGCCCCGAAGCAAGGCCUGCUGAAGGCGCUACAGAUGGGCGAGGAGCAAGGGGAUACCCUGAUGUCGGAGGAGUGGAAGCUGUUCCUAGCCGACGUUGGGCUCAGCCCCCUGGUCUGGCGUAAGGCGGCGACCAAGAUCCGGCGCGGUAUCGAGUUCGAGGAUAGGUGGGUGCUCGAGCUGCAGUACCGAUCGCAGGUCGAAAGGGGGCCCUGAGCCAUCCGUCGACAAGGAGAGACGGGGGACGGGGGUGAGGGUUGAAGAAGGCUUCUUCUUCUACUCCAUCCUGCUAUACACUACAUGCACCGUACCAGCUUGCUGUGAGGAUAAGCUGUCCCGGCGUUAUGCCCGCUCGCCUGCAUGUCCAGGGGCAGUUCAACUUCGCGUAUCGUCCCAUCUACAGAGGGGUUCUCUCAUUACCCCCCCCCCC